UUAGUUUAUCGCCAAAGCGAAAGGGGGUCUCCAAACUUUUCAGCCCGAGGGCCGCAUUAACUAUCAAAAUCAUCAAAAUGCUUAUUCCAAAAAAGAACAAGGUCGCCAUCUAUGAAUACCUCUUCAAAGAAGGUGUUCUUGUUGCAAAGAAAGACCCCUUUGCUGCUAAGCAUCCAGAAAUUGAAGUUCCAAAUUUGCAUGUGAUGAAAGCACUAACAAGUCUCAAGUCUAAAGGAUUUGUUCGUGAACAGUUCGCAUGGCGUCAUUACUACUGGUAUUUGACAAAUGAAGGUAUUCAGUACCUAAGGGACUUCUUGCACUUACCUGCUGAAAUUGUUCCUGCCACAUUAAAGAGACAACAGCGCCCAGAGGCACCUAGGCCCAGACCUAAAGCAUCCGAAGGCCCACGUGGUGGCGGUGCUACUGAUCGUCAGGAAUACCGUAAAGCUGGACCAGCUGGAACAGAUAAGAAGUCAGAAGUUGGCGCUGGAUCUGAAAAGUUUGAGUUUAGAGGAGGAUUUGGAAGAGGACGUGGUGGUUUUGGUGGUGCAUCUGGUGGGCAGUAGUGUGUUAAUAUCUUGUAUGGCCAUUUCAUUGAAUAAAUCAAUGUCACUCUACUUCCUUCUUUUUUUCUUU